AUGUUUAAGGAGGAGGAUUUUUGGGAGUGUGAGCGGGAUUCUCCGCUGUUUAGCAGGAGCGGAUUAGCGUCGGAAUCGAACCUCAAGAUGCUCCUGCCAAAAUUCAGAAAUAUCCACAGAAUCUCCAAGUCAAUUCUCAACAAAUCCAACCACCAUCUUCUCACAAAUAAUAAUACUACUAAUAAUAAUAAUAAUAGUAAUAAUAAGGGAAAUACUGGGGAAUCUGAUUCCAAAAUAGAUAAUUCCCAGAAUACUGUAAACUCUCCCUCAGAUAAUACUACUGGCGAAGAAAAAAGUGUAAAAAGUGCUGCUACCCUAACUAUACCCCUAGAGGGAGAUACUUUAACUAUACCCCUAGAGGGAGCUACUUUACUAUCUAAGGGAGAGGGAGCUACUUUACUAUCUAAGGGAGAGGGAGAUACUUUACUAUCUAAGGGAGAGGGAGAGGGAGAUACCCGAGAGGGAGCUAAAUCUGGUAACACCGUAAAUAGCUCCCUCUCCCCAAAUACCAAGGAUACUAAGGAUACUAGGGAUACUAGGGAUACUAGGGAUACCAAGGAUACUAAUGUAGAUAGGGAGGAAAAUACUAGUACCAAUUCUGCUGCUACCCUAGAGGGAGCUAAUAUAAGGGUACCCCUAGAGGGAGCUAAUAUAAGGGUACCCCUAGAGGGAGCUAAUUUAACUAUACCCCUAGAGGGAGAUACCCUAAAGGGAGAUACCCUAAAGGGAGAUACCCUAGAGGGAGCUAAUUCUGGUAACACAGUAAAUAGUACUGUAGAUAAUACUAAGGAUACUACUGAGAAUACUAAGGAUAUUGUGGAUAGUGUGGGUACCCCUGCGGGGAAUACAGCAGUGGCUCCCUUUGGACCUUACACCGUAACGGAACACCCCGUCCCUCCAGAACUAAGCAGACUAUUCCGAUUAGAUUCUGAGCGUACAUUUAAGACUCCACAGUACAGGGACCAAUUUUACAACAACUUGUGCGUUGUAUACGAGAGAUUGGGCGACUAUCACCAGGGAGAGGGUUUUGUGAUAGCGUUGCUGUCGAUAUAUUUAAACGCCGUGGAAGUGGUCAAUGUCAUGACUGUCAUGAGCAGACAUUACCUCCCAGGCUACUUCUCCGCCAAACCCAAACCAUACGUACGAGACUCCAAAGUCCUCAUGCUCCUUCUGGAACGGAGAAAUCAUAAACUCUACGAUGUGAUAACGGAGUUAAUUGUCCCGGAAGCAUUUGUCUCCAAAUGGUUCAUAGGUCUUGGCAUACACAUCUUCGAUUUCGAAGCCAUAUCCACUCUUCUCAAUUAUCUUUUCGAACAAGGUCAGAUAUUUUUGUUUAAAUUGGGUUUAUCAUUUUUUGAGAACUUUGCGAAGGAGAUUAUGAGUAGGCCUGACGUCUCGUAUGUGUUAAAGUUGCUGCGGCUGGAUGACGAGGUGAUACCAAAAGAUGACCACGAGAGGAGUAAAAUAUACUACGACAUUCUAAUGGGCGCGUUUGAACAAGAUGUCACAGAACCGGAAGUAAACCAACUAAGAGAAAAAGUAGAAAAAGAUAUGAAACAAGAGGAAGAAAUUAGAUUACUCAGGGAGAAAAUGUUGGAGUAUGAGGAGGACGAGAUAGUAUUUAGUGACGAGGAAUAAUAUUCUAAACACUACACACUUUUUACACAAUAUUUUACA